ACAUAGGAUGGGUCUGUCUUGGGAAACAUUUGCUGAACGUUAGCUAGUUGGAGUAGGACUAACGUCGGCAGGCUAGCCAGCUACCUAACGCUGGGGUCACCCUGGAAGAAAAUCACUGCCGCUGUUUUCCGAUCGGUACAAUGAGAUGCUAGCGCACACAUUUAUGAGAAAUGUCAUUUAAAUAACGUUAGCCGAGUAGCUGUGUUAGGUUUUUUAAGCCGCAUUUUAUUUCCAAAUGAAUCUGGAAAAAGUUGUAUGGCAGAUUCCUUGCUUGCUAGCUAGCUAAACUAACGUUAAUGAAUAUAGCCUAAUCGACAGUGUUUUGAUAGCUAACGUAGCUAGCUGCAUCAAUUUAUGCCCCACGAAGAUAAUGUGCCGCAGUUGGACUAUCUUACAACGUCUGAAUGGCAAGCAUGACAAGCUCAAUUUUCUGCCCGUUCAUGCAAUAUACCGUUAGCCAGCUUGCUAAUUAGGUACGAUAUGGUGUGAGGAGUGAUGCUGAAUUCAUUGCUCUCGAAGACUGGACAGAGCCUGCCGUCCCUCUGCAGCUGACGGACGAAGCCAUGGCACAGUUUCCCUCGCCUUUCGGAGGGGGCCUGGAUGCCUGGGUUAUCUCUGUAGACGAACGGGCCAAACAUGACCAGCAGUUCCACAGCCUGGCCCCCACCCCGGCCGGCUUCAUCACAGGUGACCAGGCCAGGAACUUCUUCCUCCAGUCUGGCCUGCCUCCCCCCAUCCUUGCUCAGAUAUGGGCUCUCGCUGAUCUGAAUAAUGAUGGUAAGAUGGACGCCCACGAGUUCUCUAUCGCCAUGAAGCUGAUCAAGCUGAAGCUGCAAGGUCACCCCCUGCCCCCGUCGCUGCCGCCUGCCAUGAAGCAGCCAGCCCUUUCCCUGCCCCCCGCCCCACCCUUUGGUAUGGCAGGUAUCCCCGGGAUGCCAGGUGUACCGGGAGUCCCCCCCGUGCCCCUGCCUCCUCUCGGGGGAGUGGGAAUGUCCCCGCCUCUCCUGUCCUCUGUGCCCCCGCCCGUGCCCCCCAUGGCCAAUGGAGCCCCUGCCAUGAUCCCGCCCCUGAGCAGCUUUUCACACCCAGCGUCUGCACUCAACAAAAGCUCCUCUUUUAAUCGUUCCAGUGGCUCGCUGCAGAAAGGCCAGUCCUUUGAAACUCCCAGCGCGGCGGCCGCCCAGCCCCCCUCGGACUGGGCCGUCCCCCAGUCCUCGCGGCUCAAGUACCGCCAGCUCUUCAACAGCCAGGACAAGAUGAUGAGCGGCCAUCUCACGGGGCCUCAAGCGAGAACCAUCCUAAUGCAGUCCAGUUUACCACAAGCACAGCUAGCCUCCAUCUGGAACCUGUCGGACAUCGACCAGGACGGGAAGCUGACAGCAGAGGAGUUCAUCCUGGCCAUGCACCUGAUCGACAUGGCCAUGUCUGGUCUGCCGCUGCCCCCCGUCCUACCCCCUGACUUCAUCCCGCCCACUUUCAGGAGAGUGCGCUCGGGCAGUGGGAUCUCAGCGGCCAGCCUGCACGUGGUCGAGCAGUGGGUCCCGGAGGAGCCUGAGGAGGAGGACCCACAGAGCAUCGAAAAGAGGCUGCCAGUUACGUUUGAGGAUAAGAAGCGGGAGAAUUUCGAGCGAGGGAACCUGGAGCUGGAGAAGAGGAGGCAGGCCCUGCAGGAGCAGCAGAGGAAGGAGCGGGAGCGGCUGGCUGCCCUGGAGCGGCAGGAGCAGGAGAGGAGGGAGCAGGAGCGCCUGCAGCAUGAGAGGCGCAGGCAGCAUGAGCUGGAGAAACAGCUGGAGAAACAGCGGGAACUGGAGAGACAGAAGGAGGAGGAGAGACGCAAGGAGAUAGAGAGGAGAGAGGCGGCGAAGCGGGAGAUGGAGCGGCAGAGGCAGCUGGAGUGGGAGAGGAGCCGCAGGCAGGAGCUGCUGACCCAGAGGAACCGCGAGCAGGAGGGCAUGGUGCAGCUGAAGGCCCGCAAGAAGACCCUGGAGUUUGAGCUGGAGACGCUGAACGACAAGAAGCAUCAGCUGGAGGGGAAGCUGCAGGACGUGCGCUUCCGCUUGUCCGCGCAGCGGCACGAGAUCGAGAGCACCAACAAGACCCGCGAGAUGCGCAUCGCCGAGAUCACGCAGCUGCAGAGGGAGCUGCAGGAGUCUCAGCAGUGGCUGGGCCGGCUCAUCCCGGAGAAGCAGUGUCUGAACGACCAGCUGAAACAGGUCCAGCAGGACAGCGUGCACAGUGACUCCCUGGUGACUCUACGGAAGUCUCUGGAAGUAAAGGAGUCGACCCGGCAGCAGCUCCGUGACCAGCUGGACGCCGUGGAGCGGGAGACCAGAUCCAAACUGCUGGAGAUCGAUGCCUUCAACAGCCAGUUAAAGUCACUGGGGCAGUUCUAUCAGGACCACAUGGCCCGGAUCGAAGCCCUGCAACUGGAGCUUGCUCUGGAGGCGCAGAGGGGGCAACAGGAGCUGAAAGAGAUCCACAAUAGGCAGCAGAGGCAGAAGCAGAAGGAGGUGGAGUCGGGGGUGGAGCUGCAAAAGGAGGUGGAGUCAGGGGCGGAGAUACCGGAGAAGGGCACCGUGGACUCGCAGGAGGCCAGGCUGGACUCUGUAGAGGACGGGGUGUCGUCCGUGUGGGGGGAAAAGAUUGGGGAGGAGCCCCCAGCACCGCCCCCCCAGCCCUGGAUGACACACGUGUCAUUGGAGGAAGGGCGCAGCUUGAAUGACGUGCAGGAAAAGCUCAGCAAACUCUUCACCCCACAGCCUGAAAUCGGCAAACCGGCUACACAGGCACCUUGGCCAACGGGAGAGAAGAUUCCAGUGACAGGGUUCUCCCAGGACAGGGUGAAGGUGGUGUUUUAUAAGGCACUGUACCCUUUCCAGGCUCGCAGUCAUGAUGAGAUCACCAUUAAUCCUGGUGACAUCAUUAUGGUGGAUGAGUCUCAAACGGGCGAGCCAGGCUGGCUGGGUGGGGAGCUGAAGGGGAAAACCGGCUGGUUUCCCGCCAACUACGCCGAGAAGAUCCCCGAAGCGGAGGUCCCCGCCAGCCUGAGACCCGCGGCCGGCUCAGGAUCCCUUCCCAGACCCGCCGCCAGCGUCACGCCCAGCUCUGUCGCCACCACGCCCACGCCCACGCCCACGCCCUCUCCCGCACAGACCCUGCCCGCAACCGCCACGCCCACCCCGCCGACAGGCACCACGCCCUCCCCGGCCCCACCCACCCCAGCCGCUGCGUCCACCUCAUCUUCCGCUUCCAGCAACUGGGCCGACUUCAGCACCACGUGGCCGUCCAGUGCAGCAGCAGAGAAGCCCGAAUCAGACGGCUGGGACGCCUGGCCCACGCAGCCCUCCCUCUCCGUACCCAGCGCAGGACAGCUCCGCCAGCGCUCCGCCUUCACCCCCGCCACUCUCACUGGCUCCUCCCCCUCACCUGUCCUUGGACAGGGGGAGAAGGUGGAGGGUCUCCAGGCCCAGGCUCUGUACCCGUGGAGGGCUAAGAAGGAUAACCACCUGAACUUCAAUAAGAGUGAUAUAAUCACUGUGCUGGAGCAGCAGGACAUGUGGUGGUUUGGGGAGGUGCAGGGCCUGAGGGGCUGGUUCCCCAAAUCCUACGUCAAGCUCAUCUCCGGCCCCGUGCGCAAGUCCCUCAGCAUUGAGUCAGGUUCAUCAGACAGCCCCCCCAGUGUGAAGAGGCCUACCCCCUCCCCCAGCAAACCCCUGGAACCCGGGGAAGAGUUCACUGCGAUGUACACGUACGAGAGCAGCGAGCAGGGCGACCUGACGUUCCAGCAGGGGGACGUGAUCACGGUGCUGAAGAAGGAGGGGGACUGGUGGACCGGGGCAGUGGGGGGCAGGACCGGGGUGUUCCCCUCAAACUAUGUCAAACCCCGGGACUCCGAGGUGAGAGCGGUCCCGUCAGCGGAAGCGGAGGCUCUGGGACCUGCUGGGAAGACGGGGAGUCUGGGAAAGAAGCCAGAGAUCGCCCAGGUGAUCGCCCCGUACACCGCCACGGGGGCGGAGCAGCUCACCCUGGCGCCCGGCCAGCUCAUCCUCAUCAGGAAGAAGAACCCAGGUGGCUGGUGGGAAGGGGAGCUGCAGGCCCGGGGUAAGAGACGACAGAUUGGCUGGUUCCCAGCCAAUUACGUGAAGCUGCUGAGUCCCAGCACCAGUAAGACCACACCCACCGAGACUAUGCCUCCGAAAUUGCCAGCGCCCAAUGCAGUGUGUCAGGUGAUUGGCAUGUACGACUAUAUUGCACAGAAUGAUGACGAGCUCCCCUUCGGGAAGGGCCAGAUCAUCAAUGUGCUGAGCAAGGAGGACCCUGAUUGGUGGAAAGGGGAGCUGAAUGGCACAGUGGGCCUCUUCCCCUCCAAUUACGUCAAACUGACCACCGACACCGACCCCAGCCAGCAAUGGUGUUCUGACCUGCACCUGCUGGACAUGCUGACCCCCAUGGAGCGGAAGAGGCAGGGCUACACCCAUGAGCUCAUCGUCACUGAAGAGAACUACGUCAACGACCUGCAGCUGGUUACUGAGGUUUUCCAGAAGCCACUGCUGGAGUCAGAGCUGCUGACGGAGAAGGAGGUGGCCAUGAUCUUCGUCAACUGGAAGGAGCUAAUCAUGUGCAACAUCAAGCUGCUUAAGGCACUGCGUGUGAGGAAGAAGAUGUCGGGUGAGCGGAUGCCGGUGAAGAUGAUUGGUGACAUCCUGACUGCGCAGCUGCCGCACAUGCAGCCGUAUAUCCGCUUCUGCAGCUGCCAGCUCAACGGCGCCACCCUCAUUCAGCACAAGACAGACGAGCUACCUGACUUCAAGGACUUUGUCAAGAGGCUGGCGAUGGACCCGCGCUGUAAGGGCAUGCCUCUCUCCAGCUUCCUGCUCAAACCCAUGCAGAGAGUCACCCGAUACCCACUCAUCAUAAAGAACAUCCUGGAGAACACUCCAGAAAGCCACCCGGACCACAGCCACCUGAAGCAGGCCCUGGAGAAGGCAGAGGAGUUGUGCUCACAGGUCAAUGAGGGUGUGAGGGAGAAGGAGAACUCAGACCGGCUAGAGUGGAUCCAGGCCCAUGUACAGUGUGAAGGGCUGUCUGAGCAACUGGUGUUCAACUCUGUGACCAACUGCCUGGGCCCACGCAAAUUCCUGCACAGCGGCAAGCUAUACAAGGCCAAGAGCAACAAGGAGCUGUACGGCUUGCUGUUCAAUGACUUCCUGCUGCUGACGCAGAUCAUCAAGCCCUUGGGCUAUUCUGGCUCUGAGAAGGUCUUCAGCCCCAAGUCCCACCUGCAAUACCGCAUGUACAAGACUCCCAUCUUCCUGAAUGAGGUGCUGGUGAAGCUGCCCACUGACCCAUCGGGAGAUGAACCCAUUUUCCACAUCUCCCACAUCGACCGUGUCUACACCCUGCGGGCUGAGAGCAUCAAUGAAAGGACGGCUUGGGUGCAGAAGAUCAAAGCUGCUUCAGAACUCUACAUAGAGACAGAGAAGAGGAAGAGGGAGAAGGCCUAUCUGGUGAGGUCUCAGAGAGCCACAGGCAUCGGAAGGCUGAUGGUGAACAUCGUGGAGGGCAUUGAACUGAAGCCUUGCCGCUCCCACGGAAAGAGCAACCCAUACUGCGAGGUGACCAUGGGGUCCCAGUGCCACAUCACCAAAACCCUGCAGGACACACUCAACCCCAAAUGGAAUUCUAACUGCCAGUUUUUCAUCAAAGACCUGGAGCAGGAUGUCCUGUGUGUGACCGUGUUUGAAAGAGACCAGUUCUCUCCUGAUGACUUCCUGGGCAGAACAGAGAUCCGGCUGGCUGACAUUAAGAAGGACCAGGGUUCAAAAGGUCCGAUCACCAAACGGCUACUUCUGCAUGAGGUUCCGACUGGGGAGAUUGUGGUGCGCCUGGACCUGCAGCUCUUUGACGAGCCUUGACCCCAGUGUCUACUAGUCUGGUCUCACCACUCCUGUUGGAGUUCUCAGAUGCCCCUCCUUCACACCUCAGUAUUCCAAGACCAUGUCCUGACCAAAUGGUCCCCACUGGUACCACGUGCGUGCGUAUUUCUGAAUGUGUGUGUGGUUGUAUGUGUAUGUAGUCGUAUGCGUGUUUGUGCCUGCAUAAGCUGUUAGUAAUGCUGUUCUUAAUGAGUGGUAAAGUGCGCUUUCUUUGUUUUUUAAUUAUUAUUAUUAUUAUUAUUAUUAUUAUUAUUAUUGUUAUUGUUAUUGUUAUUGUUAUUGAUCUUGUUUACAUUGCAAUGACAGAAAGAUCAGGGCCAUGUUUCACAUAUGUGGCUAACUGAGUUAACCCGAUUGGUUUUCUGACAUUUUGGGAUAAACCCAGAAUUUUGGGUUUACAGUUUAGCCCAAAUACAGUGUCUUAAGCCUGCAAAAACUUAUGUUUAAGUUUAUGUUAGCUGGAUAACAUGAACAUAGCCUAGAAAUCCACCUGAAGACAUCACACACACCAACAGCAAAAAUGAAGGCACCGUUGGUGGAGGCAGGAAGGAGAAAGAAUGACCUGUCACUGUGAAUGAUGGGGGAUCGAAUUAGCCUAGGGGAAAUUCCAAAAGGGUUUUAGAAGAGGUGUAAUAAACCCCUCAGAUACACCAAACAGCAUUGAGGUCACCAACUACAAGAAACCAUAACUUAUCACAUUAUGGUCACCGACUGUAAGAAAUCCCAAACAGCAGAGGUAUCUGAGUGGUGAAGGCACACGUGUAAUCUUACCUGGUGCUACUGGAACGGGAUUAAUGUAAUGUCUUUAACCAUUUCUCUGUGCUAACAGUUAUGCACAGAAGGAGGAGACUGCUGUCCACCAGUAGUGUAGCUCUAUACAGAUCGCUGCCUAUCUUGGUAGAUGCGGACAUCCCUCUGACUUGCGUAGCCUGCAUAAAUACAAUUAUGUAUCCUGCUAUGACACUAGUGUAUAAGCAAGUGAUUACAAGGUGCAGAUAUCCUGAGUUCUAUGUGUAUGUUAGGACCGUGAAACUGCCAGGUUUGCAGCGAUAAGAGUCAAAGAGGAAUGUCGGGUAAAAGUGAAUGCAAUUAAUUGUACGGUAUGUUAAUAAUGGCCAUAUACAAUGUGAGAUUGCUAUAUGCAUACAAUGCGUUGGAGACCGUGUUGAUGACUCUCCCCAAACCAUUCCAUGUUUACCCUUAUAUACCCAAAAGAUAAAAGUGAAACACCUCACGUAAAGAUACAAUCAUGACAAAACAGUACUGAUCAAUGAGCCUGCUUGCACUAUCUCUGUAAGAAUAUCACACUGGGUUAACCUUUGUAUCUGGCCGGGCGUAGACCUAUAGGUAUCAAAAUCUUUAGCCAGUUCCCUCACCACCAAAGCCCCCAUGACAUCGGCUUUCCAACAAUGCAAAACAUGAUUACACUGUAUUAUGGAGAACCUAAGUUUUACAUAAUGCUGAUCUAGCAGCAUGUUUUGCAACUGAGCACUGUCUCUUUAUCACAUGUGCUGACUCCCGGUCAGCACAAAGAACAGUCUGUUUUCCUUUGAAUGUCUGAUAAGUCUCAGAACUGCCCUACAGAGGUAAUAAAAGAUAAAGUGCACCUAGCACUAAUACAGGUGCUGCUGCAUCCAGGCACUGGUUUCAGAGCAGCUGCCUCCGGGGAUGCCUUCCGCCAAUGGCGCGUUGGCAUUGUGGCGACAUUGUGCCUGUGUUGGGUUUUCUUUGGGUACUCCAGUUUCCUCCCGCAAGCCAUAAACGUGUAGGUUGGAAUACCUGGCGUGGCAUUCACUGGGCGAUGCUGCAAAAGAGCAUGCAUACUCAGUCAACCUACCCUGUAUGAAUAGAGGUUAACAAAUAAAUUGUGCUGCAACACAAGCUCCUCAGCAGGGGUGCACGCUGGGGGAGCUAACCCCCCCCCCCCCCCACUUCCGCACCUCAGCCUUUUUCAUGUUGGCUAUAUUAUGAUAGUUUUGGGAGGUUAAACACUUACUUGUACAUUACCUAGUCGAGAAUGUAGAAUUACAAUAAAAAGACUGUCUGUUUGCAAUUAGUUUUCAUAUUUGACUUUGACCGACCGCCAGUUCCCUUCUGUAGCCGUUGUCACAUGCUCAUGGGAAGUCAUUAAAAAUAAUGCAAUUCAAUGUUUCACUAUGAUGGCAUUAUCAGUAGGCACAACAGUCCAAAUAUUAGGAGUUAUCACCACUUCAAAAUUUAACAGAAUUAGCCAUUGAAUGAAAGUCUUCUUAUGCAUUUCAUUUAUCUGCAGUUCAAUGCCAAGCUCCCUCUCUCAUUUUGGCCACUCUGUCAAUGUUUGAUUUGCUUUUUAGGAUUGCUUUCUCUUCUUCAUAACCCUCAAUGAUGAGUUCUUGCUCUUUAGAGGUGUCCUCUCCAGUGUUGCCAUAAUUUAGUGAUUUGCAACCCCAAACAAAAUAAAAACAACAUCGUUUACAAUAUGAGUUCGAGAAAUAUUGCUUUUGGUCAGUUACAAUGUGAUCUUGCCAACUUUAGCCUCACAUUGUUGUGUGUCUAUUUAUGCCAAGCGAUUCAUCUCCCUUUUAUAGCAGAGCAGGGGCACGCAGUUAUCCGAUAUUAUUCAAUGCUAGAUUGACCAAACAAAUUGUAAGUUAGCCCAAAUUUAAGUCACUAGAUAAGUUUGAUUUCAUUCACUUUGAUGUAUAGUUUUUAUGCUCCCUCCUUGGCCAGGUCUCUCUGGUAAAAUAGAUUUAAUCUUUUACCUGGUUAAAUAAAGGUUUUAUAAAAAAAUUAAUGUAUUAUAAAUUAUCCUGGAUUGUUUAAGCGACAUACGUGAAACAGGGCCCAGGUGCCUAUGGAAGAUCCAAAUGGCUGGAUGGAUUCGCAGGUCCUGUGUCAAGAGCAUUUAUUUCAGUGUUGAGCAAAAGCAGAGGGAACAGUGCAUUUAGGCGUUGUACCUGCCAUUAAACACCUGCACUCGUAGCAUAGGCUAGCUGAAUAUAUCUGUACCUAUUCAGAGCGUAACACACAGAUACAAUAGGCUAAUGUACAGCGUAAAGGCUUUUAGCAUCUAACAUCCUGAUGAUGCAAGAAAAAAUAGCUCCAUAGAUCCAUAUCUUAAAUCGAUUCAUUUUUUAAGUUCUUAGCAAAUGAGCCCAGGUCAUGAGCAGCAUUCUUUUUCUCCCUCUUACAGUAAUAAUUUGUCAAGAAUGUAAAUAUUUACAGCAUUUUAAUGUGUAACUGCAUUUUAAGUCUACUGAAACCUUUGUCUAUUUAUUUUCUUUAAGAAGUCCUGGGGUGUCACACGGACUGCAGGAGUCUCUCAGAAGUCUGAGAAACACACAAGUACAUUUACCGUUAUCCAUUGUAACAUUUACAGUAACACCAAGGUACAGCUACAUACAGUAGUGCAUUUAGGCUACUGUAAUAUUUACUCAGUAACCUAAUUUACACAAAUUUAUGCAUUGGUAUACAAAACCAAUCCCCAGGGAAUAUUCAAGUCAGUUUGCUGACACAUGAAUAUAGAACAUAGAUACGUACACAGUGCAGUCCCUACUGUGACAAUCACACAACUUUAGCUGUUUUGGCUCUGUACUCCAACACAUUGUAUUUGAAAUGAAACAAUGAAUAUGAGGUUAAAGUAUAGUCUAUCAGCUUCAAUGUGAUGAUAUUUACAUCCAUAGCAGGUGAUUUGAGCAGGAAUUAUAGCCUUUUUUAAACAUACACGUUUCUUUCAAAAAAUAGCAAACUGAAGCAGGGUAGGCCCUACAUGAGUUAACAGGUGAGUUAGACCUGGUGGAUUUAUGCUUACAGGCACUCUGUGCUCUUGACAAAGCAAAAAAAUGUCCAGACGUGGGACGUAGAGGUACACAUGGAAAGUAAUCAGUGUCAAAAUAGCAGAUACAGUGUUUAUUGUGUAUGGUAUAAAGGUGUGA